UUUAUAUGAACAGUGAGCCAAAACGGUUUCGUUAGUCUUUUGAAGCCAGUUUUCUCUGCAUCUUACGAUAGUGAAGGUGUUUUGAGAUGUAUCUGCCUGCAGGAGCGGAGGAUUCCGACUCAGAUGAUGACGGCUUUUAUAUGGGCACUGUUCACAACACGAACAGUAAUUUCGGCGUUACAAAUGGUGACAUAAACAGGAAAGAUCAUACACAAAACAACUUCCCUAUGAUUCCUGCAGGCGAAGAAUUUGACAAUGAAGACGGUGACGAGCUUGACUUUAAUACUGUUCAGGCGAGGUCAAUGAAAACGACGCCAGCCAAAGUUAAUAAGACAUCAAUUACAAAUAACGACAGCCAACAAAAUGAGAUUAGUUUAAACUCGAUGUCUGACAGAUCUGGAGUAGGCAGAGGUCGAGGGCACCUGUUACAGAGAGGGAGAGGACGUGGGGGAUUUUCAAGGCCAUGUUUGGUAGCUAACCGCAAAGGAAAAUCAUCAAGAAGGAGUAAUUUCUCAUCAAACAAUUUAAAAGAAGCAGAGGCUAAGAAAGCUGCUGCCUUGUUAGCUGUGGAGGAUUUGCGAGUCGCAGUUGUGAGAGGAAAUACUGCUGCUGUUCAAAAAUAUCUGGACAAUGGAAUUGAUGUAGAUGUUCAGCUCAAAUCAGGAUGGACUCCAUUGAUGCUAGCUGCUAGUUUAGCCUUGCCAGAUAUGGUGGAACUUCUUGCUAAUAAAGGGGCUAAUGUAAACUUCCAGAAAGAGAUGUACACUGUUCUGAUGGCAGUAUGUGCUGUUCCUGGGAACAAGCCAGAGGACCAGGUCCUGACAUGUGUGGAGUUGUUGGUGGAAAGGAAUGCCAGAGUCAAUGUAUAUGACAAAUUUCGAAUGUCGCCCCUGAUGUAUGCUGCAAGGGAAGGAAGAGUUACAGUCUGUGAAGUACUACUGGAUCAUGACGCAGAGAUUAACAAACAGGACAUGCGAGGCUGGACGUCCUUGUCAUGGGCUGCUAAUCGAGGUCAUGGUAGAGUUGUGCGCAUUUUAUUGGAGCAUGGAGCAGACCCUAAGAUAUACUCCAAUGAUGGCCAGGCACCAAGUGAUCUUGCCUACUCCAGUGAGCAUCAUCGGGUUGCAGAUAUGCUUUCUUUAGCUGCAAGUGGGAAGCAGCCGCCCAGUGAAGUGGCUCCACAACCAGUAGCAUCUUCAAAAGUUCGUGUAAGCGAGGAUAGCUCCAGUUCAAUGAGGUAUAAUGACCUUGAAAUGUUCUUGUGUGGCCUGGAGUUGACACAUUUAUUGCCAGUAUUUCAGGAACACAAGAUGACUUUUGAGGAAUUCCUUAAUCUGACUGAAAAGGAGCUUGACCAGAUGGGAAUUACUCAAGUGGGUGUGCGAACAAAGAUAUUAGAUUCCAUAAGAGAUGUUCACAAGAAGGAGUGGGAUGUGACCAGCUUACAGUCAAAGGAAAAACAUAUUUUAAGUGCCUCAGAAGUGACAGUCAUUUUGGCCAAUGUGUCAAGACAUUUGGCGUUUGUCAGGAGCAGUGUUUCAUAUGUACAGAAACACUUAAAUACCAUAAAAGAACCUCUGGAAUUUGUGCAGGAUGUUACAGAAGCUGAGGGAAUGGAAAUGUACUCUAAGGAGGCUGUGGACACUGUUGAAAGUUUAAAUGAAGAACUCAACACUGUGAAGACAAGAAUUUCCAAGAUCAAGUGUAAGGUGUUCAACACAAGUCCAGACCUGAUAACUGAUGAGAAACCACAAGGAACCCAAUCAUCACUAAGAAGUGGCUCUUUACUUGUAGCAGGAGUGGCAGUUGUUGCACUGGGUGCAUUUUUGUUUCACAAGGCAUGGCAUACGACAUAAAGUUCAGUACAUUGAUGACUCAACAUCAUGGUGUAUUGUACAGGCUGUUGCUAUCUUUUACUGCUCUGCUUCAUUUUGAUCAAGUGGCUGGUUCCACCUCAACUUUCUUGUAUGUGGAGAUUCACACAGUUCAUCAGUAGAAUGUUACUUAACCCUUUCACUCCCAAGAUCUGAUUGUUAAUUCUCCCCUCUAGCUGCUACACAUUUCCUUGUAAAUUAGUUUUGAGAACUUGGUGCUAGAUCAAGAUAGCAGCCUCUACGAGAUAAGUUUGAAUAUUCUCAUUACCUGUUUGCUGAAGAAUGUAUGGAUAUUGUAGGGAGAAGUUUCAUGUUAAUCACUUCUGGGAGUUAGAGGGUUAAUGUCUUGUUCUGUCAACCCUUUACACUUUAACAUCAGUAUCCAUCUUCUCCAUAAUCUUCUCUAUAAUUUCCUUUGGUUUUAACAAGGAGAAUUAAUUUAACAAUCAAAGCAAAGUUGGUGAUCAUUUCCUUUAUUCUCUUCAUGAAUGAUUCAGCAGUAUUACUGUGAGGAGAAAUUAGAUGCUGGUCACUCUUAGGGUUUAAAGAAGAAUUAGGCUCCAGAUCAUUGAAUUUUUGUCUCUUUGAUCAAAAACUAUAUUUGAAUAUUUAUUUCAUACUGUGCUUCAAGAUCACCAAACUACUUGAAAAUUAUCACCACUCCCUUUCACAUUUCCCAUUAAAUUAAAGUAUUAAUUAUUACUGUUACAAGAGAGUUGGGUUAUCUGGAUUGUCUUUAAUUCAAAGUGUUAGAGAAUAACUAUUCCUGUUUUGUAACUGUAAAUAAAUGCAGAUAAGGAAGAAACUUCAAUGAACAAGCUUCCCUCUGAUUUGGUUCUCAUACAAUUUUGAAAAUUUUCUUUCUGGGAAACCUCCAUAACUUCACAAGCCCUUUAGAAACAGCUGUUUGAAGGGAUCAUCCCUAAACUUUCCUUGUCACUAUAAAGAUGCUUUUAAUAUUUGUAUAUACAUUUCUUGUUCUUCAAAUUAUGCAUGAAAUAUUGUUGCUUAAUUAUUAAAAUGAGAACAGUUUUUUGUUUAUUAAGAUGGUACAGACAAAAAUUAGGAAUAAAUGAGAAUGAUUAUUCCUUUGUAAUAUAAAUUUACAGAAAGUUGGGAAAAAUUACAAGUAAUUCUUCGGUUCAGUGGCUAGUUGUGUAACUUUUUUGUGUGUAUUAAUUACAUUUGCAGCAUUUGAGAAUAUGAUUCAGAAUCAUUGUAAGAUUUAGAGUCAUUUUAGGAAUGCAAUUCAGAAAGGCAUUUGUUCUUUUGGGGUGCAAUUUUGGAAAUCAAUAAGUUAUUAGACAUUACUGUUUGGGAAGGCAGUUGGGUUAGCACCAUAGUUCAGAUGCUGUUAUAACCACACUCUGAAUGGACUAAAAAAUAUCAGAUUUCAUGCCUAUUGAUCCAGCUCUGCAUCUUAGAAAGAUGGCAGUGAGGCUGGAUAUUGCAUGUUUUUGACCACAAUAUUUACAAAAUUAUUUGCUGAGCAACUGCUUUCAGAAUAAUCUUUUCUUUUAAAAAUAUACU